AGUGGCCUGGUUAAACUCAAUUUUGAAAUGCUGACUUUAUUCUGUUUAGUGUAAGAUGAGUUUUUCUGAGAAGUUUCCACUGUUAGGAAGCUCAGUUUUCCCUUGCUGUAUACAAAGGACUAUUUCAAAAGGGUGGUAAAACUGAAUAUUAAGGUUCUUAAGAUUCAUAUUUCCUGUUAUAUUACUGGAUGACUUGCUUUUGGGAUUUAGGAACAGUGAAGGCAGGAAACAGAAUAGUCAAGGAAAUAAGAAAACUUAUUUAGCUUCAGUGAGUCCCUAGUUCAAAAUCAGAUGUAUUUAUUUCAGUUUAAACUGGAGUUUGUCUUUUCAGCAUUAGUUAAUCCUUGGAACCAUUCAUACUUGAUUAAAAUACAUAGUUGAAAACUUUCCCUGUUUUUGAUGAGUUGAUUUUUGUUUUAACUGAUUCAAACUUUUUCAAGGUUUAGGCAAUGACAUCAUCACAGUUGUUGAUUAUUUGGUAAACUGUGACUUCUUGCAACAGAUUAGUGGCCCUGGUUUAUGUUCUUGUCUAGUAUGUUGUUAUCUAGACUAAGCUGUAAAAAUCUGUGAACACUGUUGCUCUGAGUUAGGAACAGAAUGGCUGGGGCAGAACCAUUUUUGGCAGAUGGCAAUCAGGAGUUAUUUCCCUGUGAAGUCUGUGGAAGACGCUUUGCAGCAGAUGUUCUGGAAAGGCAUGGACCAAUAUGUAAAAAACUCUUCAACAGAAAGCGUAAACCUUUCAAUUCUUUGAAGCAAAGAUUACAGGGCACCGACAUUCCUAAUGUGAAGAAGACUCCACAAUCCAAGUCUCCACCUGUGAGGAAGUCUAACUGGAGACAACAACAUGAAGACUUUAUUAACACAAUCCGAUCAGCAAAGCAGUGUACGCUAGCCAUUAAAGAAGGCCGACCCCUCCCACCUCCACCCCCUCCAACCUUGAACCCAGAUUAUAUUCAAUGCCCAUAUUGUAUGAGGAGGUUUAAUGAAACCGCAGCCGAGCGACAUAUUAAUUUCUGCAAGGAUCAGUCUUCUCGCCGAGUCUUUAAUCCAGCUCAGACAGCAGCCAAAUUGACAUCCAGAGCUCAGGGUAGGGCUCAGAUGGGUCCAAAAAAAGAACCAACUGUUACCAGUGCCGUGGGAGCUUUGCUGCAGAACAGGGCCCAGGUGGCCACAAGUGAAGUCCCAACCAAGUCCGGAUUAGCUAUGGACCCUGCUUCUGGAGCAAAACUCAGACAAGGAUUUAGUAAAUCUUCUAAAAAAGAUUAACUCCUAGAAGCCAGGCUGGCUCCCUGAAACCCAUCAGCCUGGAUAGCUGCAUACCCCAGAAUGCCACCUAAGGGGAGGGAACGGUAGAUGUGACAUCGGUUUAUAUACCCUUGAUUCUUCUUGAAGCAUCACUUAGAACAAGUAAAACUAGCUUCAAAUUUUUAUUUACUCCCUUUGAAUUUUUCAAAACAAAAGCAUGAAACACAUCAACCUGUAUAA